GAAAGCAACACCUUCACUGUCUUCUCAUCCUUAUCCGUAUCACCGGAUCAUUUCCUCGAUCCCUUCCCCCUUCUCGCACGUGCCACCCUACCUCUCCUCGCGCCGGGAAUUCGGAAAAUCCUCUCUCUUACCUUCCGCUCUCCUUUCUCAAAACCCCAAUAGCAUCACCCAUCUCCCAAACCCUAUUCCUAGAUUUCUUCAUCUCUGUACCGGCAUUCCCAAAACCGUAAUGUUUAACCCGUUGCUAACUCUAUUGCAAUUUUGAAAUGUAGAGAACGAGCUUGUCACUCUCUGAUUGCCUGCCCGAAAAUAAGAAGGAAGAAAAGGAGAAAAAUAUUAAAUUUUAUUUUGCCUUUUGAUUGUUUUUUGGGGCUGGAUCAUGGGGGCGGUGACGUCGUCGAUGGCGGCGAAGUUCGCGUUCUUCCCGCCGAAUCCGCCGUCGUACAAGCUGGUCACUGACGAGUCCACGGGGAGGCUGACGAUCUCCGAGGUGGCGCCGAGGGAAAACGUCGACGUUUUGAAGCUGUGUACGAAGAGAGGGAACGAGAUUGUGGCUGUGUACAUGAAGAACCCCUCGGCGUUCUUGACUGUGUUGUACUCGCAUGGCAACGCCGCCGAUCUGGGUCAGAUGUAUGAGUUGUUCAGUGAACUCAGUAUUCAUCUCGGAGUCAGCUUGAUGGGGUACGAUUAUUCAGGAUAUGGUCAGUCUUCUGGGAAGCCAAGUGAGCAGAACACUUAUGCUGACAUCGAAGCAGCAUAUAGAUGCCUCAAGGAGAUGUAUGGGGUGAAGGAGGAAGAUGUUAUCUUGUAUGGGCAAUCAGUUGGGAGUGGACCAACCCUAGAUUUAGCAAGCAGGUUACCAAGAUUGAGGGCUGUCGUUCUACAUAGUUCAAUCUUGUCUGGGCUUCGGGUCAUGUAUCCAGUGAAGCGAACAUACUGGUUCGACAUCUAUAAGAAUAUUGAUAAAAUACCGUUGGUUGAGUGUCCUGUACUGGUAAUUCAUGGAACAGCAGAUGAUGUUGUAGAUUGUUCCCAUGGUAAGCAACUUUGGGAGCUCUGCAAAGAGAAAUAUGAACCAUUAUGGAUCAAAGGAGGGAAUCAUUGUGAUUUGGAGAUCUAUCCACAAUACAUUAAGCAUCUCAAGAAGUUUAUAUCAGCUAUUGAGAAGUCAGGGCAUCGGAAAAAUGGAUCUGAGCUGGUUAUAGAUCAACCUGAGAAUCCCGAGAAUAGCACAGAUUGUAGAGAGAUAUCCAGACUGAGCACAGAUCAAAGGGAGAAAUCUAGGCUUAGUACUGAUCAGAGGGAAAAAAGAAGGCUAAGUGUAGAUCACAGAGAAAAAUCAAGGCCCAGCAUUGACAGGAGAGAGAAGCCAAGAAAAAGUGUUGACCUCCUAGAGAAUGGGAGUAGUGGCACAGACCAACUGGAAAGACCAAGGAAGAGCAUUGAUCGCUUUGGAGACAUGAUGAGGUCUGUUGGAUUGUGCAAUAUUGAUUGUUUCAAACCCAAGUCGGGUGUCUGACAGCAAAAAAGGUCAGUCCACAAAUUCAGGUUGUAUCUGGUUUUGUUUAUUCGAUUGAUUGGGUGAUGGGAAAAAUGUUACUGUGUAUCUUAUUCCAUUUUCAAUAGAAAUAAUAGAAAAUUAAUUUAACCAGGAA